AUGCUUUACCCUACCUCACCAACCCUGUUAAAAUAUUUAUCCUCUAAAAAAGUUGGUGCUUGUGGAACAGUUAAGGCAAAUAGAAAAGGUAUGCCAAAUUUAUGCAAACAAUUAAAAAGAGGAGAAUGCAAACUGGCAAUCACCAAAAAAUCUAAAAUUCUAGCUUGCAAGUGGAAAGAUAAAAGAGACGUACUGAUGUUGUCUACUAUACAUAAACACCAAAUGAAAAAUAUAAAUAAAAACGACAAAUUACAAACAAAACCGAACUGUAUACUUGAUUAUAAUACUAAUAUGGGAUUAGUUGACAAAACUGAUAUGAUGAUGAGUUUUAACGGCACAAUCAGAAAAUCUGUCAAGUGUUAUCGACUUCAGCUGAUAAACCAAAUUUUAGAAAAACAUUCUAGAGAACGAUUUAAUUCACCAGGCAGAAAGUCAACAAAUGACAAUCCUACUAGGCUUGCAGCACGCCACUUCCCAUCAAUUAUAACAUCCACAGGCACAACAAAAAACGUUCAAAAAAACGUCCAUUCUCAUACACUGCUUACUCAAAAAACACGAAAAGACACCAGAUAUGAGUGUAAAGAAUGCAACAAGCCAUUAUGUCUUACGCCAUGUUUUGAAGCGUAUCAUACUAAAAAGAAAUAUUAA